CGACGCGACCCGGCCCGGCCGGGAAUGGAGGCCUGCUGUGUGAUCAGAGCGCCCGAGGACCUAGUGGGCGACCAGGUACCGACACUCGUUCUUGCCGCAGACCGACAGUGAUCUCAAACGCUUAUCUAGUGCCUAAAUUACGGGACUUUGUGAUCUUUAUACACGAAAAUUAGCCCGCGAACGCGGCUUGCUUUGUAAACAGCUGUAACGAUUUUAAGCUAAACUAAAACUGUGUUAAGCAUCUAUCUACAGACACGUGCAAAAUCUGAUUGUCCCGGGCGGCGGCCGUUUUGGAGCUACGCACGCCGCUGGGCUCUUCGACUCCUGGUUUCAGAUGCAGACAUCGGAACUUGAGUCGCUGCUGUGCAAGCAGGAGGGCGCCUCACUCGCGCCCGCCCACAUGGACCUUUUCGAUGGCGGUACUUCCUCCCGCGACGAUGCGUUCCUCCGUCCUGCCUUGUGGGAGGACAUUGCCUCCUCUAUCAGAAACAUCGACCCCGAGAAUGCGAACAUGCUCGCUCCGUUGGGAGCCACACACGUCAAAUUGGAAGCAGAUGAAGCAUUGCUCGAAGAAUGCGCUACACCGCUACUCAGUCCUCUCGAGAUCAAGACGGAAAGACUGUGCGCUCCUCCUGCGUACGCGCAGCCGCAGCCGCCACAGCUGCAGCAACAACCACAUCAGCCGCCGACAUCGUACGCCAAGUAUCCGCCGUCGCGACUCGUUUACAUGUCGCCGCUGACGCCGCCGGGUUCCGACCAAGGCAGUCCCGGGAACUCGAUGCAGGGAGGGCCACGGCGAACGCCUCCGCCGCCGUACCACCCGCCUCCGCAUCUACGUGCUCCACAAGUGCAGCCACAUCCUGGCCCGCAUCUACACCAUCAGCAGACUUUUUCGAAUGUUUACCAGACCAUGCCGCAGACUUUGGCGAUGCCGCAACAGCACGCCAUGCCGCCCGCGCCGCAACCGAUGGUACACGCACCGCUGCAGCAUUCGCGGCUCGCGCCCCCUCCCCCUAUGAAGUAUAACAGACGAAAUAAUCCUGAACUUGAAAAACGAAGAGUGCAUCAUUGUGAUUUCAUGGGUUGCACGAAAGUUUACACGAAAAGUUCUCAUCUUAAAGCUCACCAACGGAUCCAUACAGGAGAAAAGCCGUAUACUUGUCAGUGGCCGGAAUGCGAAUGGCGGUUCGCGCGGUCCGACGAAUUAACACGACACUACCGUAAGCACACCGGCGCGAAACCUUUCAAAUGCUCCGUCUGUGAGAGAUCUUUUGCGAGAUCCGACCACCUCGCUCUACACAAUAAGCGGCACCUGCCGAAGACUUCUAAAUGACACGCAAGAAAGGGCGGCGAGCAACCGCCCGCCCCGAUUGCCACUCAGGAAGAAUGCAAUGAAAGCAUUUUCCUUGAGUGCGAUCUGGAUGUGAACCUGAUGGAUACAUUCUACGGAGUGCUGUAACGGCGAGCACCCGCUAUCGACAUUGACAGAACUUUGUUUUUUUUUUAAUUUGCUAAAGCGAAAAUCAAUUCAGGAAUCUAACAGCAGUGAUUCAUUAAAAUGGACAAUUGUGAACUUCUCAGAAUUGAAAACUUUUUAGAGUCGUUCUCUUUUAAUUUCCCGUUUAGUCACUCGACAGUGUACUACUUGCAAUGUAUUACAGCAUUACCAAGGAAAUCGCUUUACAUUAAUUUACCUACUUAAUAGUUAAUGACUAGACUGUAAUCAUAAUUGCAGAAUUAAUUGAUAGAUCAAGUAUUUAUAUGAAUAUGUUAACACCAGACAAAGUUUUGCUUUGAGAAAUUGCGACAUCAUUGCUAAGUUUAUUUCGUCAACAACGUAUUUCACCAAUACCUUGUUCACUGCGUACAAGUACUAAAAGUACUCGAGACCAUAAUUUCUCAAAAUAAUAUUGACUUUUUAAUAGAUUUGCUAAAUGAUAAACUGCUUGAGAGGCGUGCACACGUCUCUCUCAAAACACUGAAUAAGGACACUAAUUAUGAUCAACCUAAGCACAGAACAGUAACAUAUAGUUGAUCUUUAUUGAAAUGAAUAUUAAAGUAGUUGUAAGUACAAUCGUUUGCUCACCGCAGUAGCAAUGAUGUCGUCAAAUUAAUCAUACGACGUACAGCUCCAAGUAUUCACUAGAUAUGAUUAGUUAAUUUAUUGUAAGAUGAUAAGAGAGCAAGGAAUAUCCAAGAUAUUAUCUUUAUUAUAUUAAUAUAAAAAAAAAAUAUCAGUAAUUAGUUAGAUUUUAGUUCUAUUGUGCAAACGCGGCUUCGAAUGUCAUGACUGCUAUUUCAUCAUUGGAAACAUCACAACCGUUGCCUGUUUAUUUGGAGACCCUUAGAAUUUAUAAGAUAGAGUGGAAGUCCUGUGCAAAUUAAAACUUUAAAUGUUUGUUCUGUUAUAUAAAUUUUACUAUCACUGUGUCACGUUGCUUCCAAUGAUGAGUUCGUUUCAUUCGGACUAGCGUAUUUCUACACUUUCUAGUCUCAAUUUAUUAUAGUUUUUUUUUUACCAUAUAAUAUAUUUCAUCACAUCUUUAAUUAACAAAAGCCACAACACUUAUCAGCUGUCUAAUAUUGCCAUAAUGGUACGUAAGCCCUAAAAUUAAGUACUUAUAGUUAUACUUUGUAAAAUAUUAUAGCAGUUUAAAUGUUUAUAACUUAAUUUAAUAACGGCUUUAUGAGUGUUGCUAAAUUACGUAUAUAAAAAAAAAAAAAUCUCUUCUGCCACCUGGUAAAUGUAUGUGCGUUACGAUUCGAAUGAAACUGAGACUGUUACGUAAUCGGUCUGUGGUUGAGUGGUGACAAUUCAACUUUGUAAGAUUUCCGCUGACCGCCAACAUCAUUUGAGCCAUGAGACUGGGAAGGUGGACGAAAACCAUCAACGUCAUUAAAGAUCCUGGUCUAAGAAGGGCUCAAGCCAAAUUAUCUCGAACUGAAGCAGUAAUUAGAGUGAUCGGUACCAUCAUUAGAAAAAGCUUUAGUUACGGCUAUGAUUAAAAAUCGAAACAUCAGCAAAAAACAAUAAUUUAAGACCCGUUCAUUUUCAUUUUGUUCCGGUCUCUUACAUAAUAUUACGAAAAGUACACAACAUAAUAACAUGAUGAGUUAGUACGACGUGAAUUAUCAAGAUCGAGGAAUAGUUGGUACCACUUGUUCAUCUCUUUGGUGAUAGCAAUGGAGCUUCGUCUUUAAUGGACAUUUGAAAGAAAAUAUAUAAUCAUCAUCAUUAUCACUUAUUUAUUUUGCUCGCUUGAAUAAAAUAAAUAAAGAACCUUUUGCGUUUAUUAUCAUUUUAGCUAUCGGAAUUGUGGAUGUUAAGAAAUUAAUGAAAUAAACGAGUUAUUAAAAGUAAUAGUGGUCUUGAAAAUGUCUAUGACUUUCUAAUUCGGAAAUUAAUUAGAGAAUAAUUUGCAUGCUUGUAAAUACUAUUAAGGAUGACUUUUGCCCUUAGUGAGUUCUUUAGACAAUUAAAUUACUACUUCAAAUAAUUUAAAUCAAAUAUUGACAGGAUUAUUCGGUAGGUCGUAUAGUUUCCAAAAAAUACUUAGCGGCAUUCGUUGGAUAUAUUAAAUCAU